AUGGGUUUAAAGGAAUGGGUUGGUGGAAGAACAGAAGCAGCAGCCAUGGUGAGCAUGAUCGCAGUGCAGAUUUUGGUGACAGGGAUGCAGUUAUUGUCAAGGGUGAUUCUUAAUCAGCAGGGAACUUUCAUCUUUGCGCUCAUGACGUAUCGUCAUCUAGUUGCGUUUGUCUUUCUUGCCCCUCUCGCCUUCUUCAUAGAGAGAGACAUGGUAAAGAAGCUUACUUGGUCAGCUUUGUUUUGGAUCUUCACCAAUGCCCUAAUCGGGAUAACAAUGGCAAUGAGCUUGUAUUAUUAUGGCUUACGAGAUACCACUGCUACCUAUGGAAGCACCUUCCUUAAUUUGAUCCCAAUUAUCACAUAUAUCUUCUCUACAAUUACCGGGGUGGAGAAGUUAGGAUUGCGUAGCAGAGCAGGGAGGGUUAAGCUGGCAGGCGUAAUAGUGUGUGUAGGUGGAGCAUUGAUCAGUACUGUUAGUAGUGUUUAUAAGGGCAAAGAUUUCUCCUUCUAUUUAAGAAGGCCUUCUCAUCAUAGUAUCAUGAGCUACCAACUCCAUAUAAAAGAAGGAAGCAAUGGUAAUUGGACACGUGGCACUAUGUUUCUUAUGGGCAGCAGCUUUUGCUACGCUACUUGGUUUAUCCUACAGGUCAAAUUAUUAAAAGUCUAUCCUUUCAAAUAUUCUGCAACAAUGAUAAUGUGCAUCAUAGCAUCAUUACAAUCAAUGGUGAUCGGUCUAUCAAUGGAUAGAAGUAAGGUUGCCUGGAGGUUACAAUGGGAUUUACAGCUGCUAACCAUUGUUUAUUCGGGAGUAUUGGCUACAGCAACAACAUUUUGGUUAAUCUCAUGGGCUGUGGUAAAAAGAGGCCCAACGUAUCCCUCAAUGUUCAACCCAUUAUCAUUGAUUUUUGUAGCAAUUGCUGAAGCUCUCGUACUGGGAGAACAGAUUAGUCUUGGAAGCAUUCUGGGAACAUUGAUGAUAAUAUUGGGGUUGUAUGCAUUUCUAUGGGGAAAUAAGAGCAAUGAGUCACCACAAAGCUUACAGAAGAAGCCUGCUAAGGCAAGUGUUGCAGAAAUCAAGGGAGUUCCUGAUGUUGAUCAGCUGAGUUCUUCUCCUCAUUAUAACAACACAAUUAAUGUUGAAGAAACUCAAAAUAAAGAGCAGCAGAGGGUUGGCAGCAGAGAAGCGCUAUAUCCAAAAACCAUAUGA